AUGUUCGUUUUCUUCUCUAUUAUUGCUUUUGUUAUUGCAAUACCCAAUAAACCUCCUACAUGUUCUAGUAGGUCAUGGUGUAAUUUAAAUAGAUUUAGACCUGUUUCCCAUUAUAAUGCUGAUGUACGUUCAUAUACUUAUACUAAUAAUAUUUUAUCAUUUAAGUUAAAGCCAACUUGGAGCAUAAAUAAGAAUAUUCAAUUAAAUAUUAUUUCAUUAGGUGAUAAUCAGUUAUAUAUUAGAUAUACUUAUCCAUCUAUUGAACAUGUUAGAUUUAAUAUUCCAACAAAUACUGCUUAUAAACCUCUUAAACCACAAGACAUUACACUAAUAUCUUCUAGUGCUUAUGUAGCUAAUUUUAAAGCAGGAACAACUUUAUUUUCAGUUUAUAAAAAUGCAUCAGUUGUAAUUGAUAAUGAUUUAUGUAUUGGAUGUACUGGACAAUUCCUUUAUAGAGAAGAUGUUAAAAGUGAUUAUUAUCCAGUUGGAAUUGAUGUAGAAUUUCCAACUAAACGAUUAUUUGGAUCUGGUAAAAAUGUACAUCAACCACUUCCUUUAACUGAUAAGUCUAAAGGAGCUUUUACUGAGCCAUAUCAUUUUUAUGCUUCAGGAUAUACUACAUUCCCUGUUAAUUCUACUCAUCCACAAUAUGGUAAUUUACCUGUCUUUAUAUCUCAUAAAGGAGGUAAAUCAACAGCAGUAUUAUAUACUAAUCCAACAGACACAUUUAUUGACCAUGAACUUUAUAACAACAAGGCUAAAUUACUUAUUACUUCAGAAGACAGCGAUAUUUCUUUCUUUAUUAUUUCAAAACCAAAUCCACAAGAGUUAUUUAAGAGUUAUUAUUCAUUAACUGGUGUUUCUUUUAUGCCACCAAGAUUUUCUCUUGGAUUCCAUAAUAGUAAAUGGGGCUAUAAUUCACAAAACAUUGCUGAAGGUGUUGAUAAUGAUGCUGAUAAAUAUGGUUUUAUGUAUGAUGCUUUAUGGCUUGAUAUUGAGCAUACACAACGUAAACGAUACUUCACUUGGGGAUCUUCUUUCCCUCAUCCUUUAAAAUUACAAGAACAAUUAAAAUCAAAGAAUAGAUAUCUUAUCACUAUUCAAGAUUGUCAUAUUGCAUCAGACAAUGGUUACUAUGUCCAUGAUGAAGGUAAAAACGGAAAUUAUUUCAUUAAGAAAGGUAUUAAUAGUACUGAUGAUUAUGUAGGUGAAUGUUGGCCUUUAAAAUCUAAUUGGGUAGAUUUCUUAUCAGAAGAAGCUAGAAAUUGGUGGGCUGGAUUAUAUUCAUUUGAUAAAUACAAAGAUACAACUGAAAUAGUUUAUGCAUGGAAUGAUAUGAAUGAACCAACUGAAUUUGAUAUACAAGAUUUAUUAGUUAAGAAAGAAGCUGUUCAUAAUGGAGGUAUUCUUCACAAAAAUGUACACAACCUUUAUGGUAUGUUACAACAAAUGUCUACUCAAAAAGGGUUAUUAGAGAGAACAAAUAAUAAGUAUAGACCAUUCGUCUUAACAAGGUCAUAUUAUAUUGGUUCACAAAAGUAUGGUGCUAUGUGGACUGGAGACUCUGAUGCUACUUGGGAGUAUUUAUCUAGUCAAGUUAGUCAAUUAGUUAAUAUUAAUAUGCUUGGAUUCCUAUGUGGAGGAGACGUUGGAGGAUUUGCUCAUAAUCCAUCCACUGAAUUAUUAAUUCGUUGGUAUCAAGCUGGUGCAUUACAACCAUUCUUCAGACAACAUUCUAGUCAAACAGCUAGUAGAAGAGAGCCAUGGUUAUUUGAACAAAAUGUUGCUGAUAGAUUAAAACGUGCAGUUAAUUUAAGAUAUCAAAUGUUACCAUAUUGGUAUUCCUUGUGGUAUUAUCAUAGAAUUGAUUAUAAUCCAGUAAUCAGAGCAAUGUAUUAUUCAUUCCCAGAAUCAGAUAACUUAUUUGAUAAUGAGAAUCAAUAUAUGAUUGGUGACGCUUUAUUAGCAUCACCAGUAAUUCAAGAAGGAGAAACAAAUCAUCAAAUACAAAUUCCUAAAGGUAAAUGGUAUGAUUACUUUAAUAACAGUAACGUAUACAAUGGACCAAUGAAUUUAGUAAUUCCAGUUACUUUAGAUUCUAUUCCAUUAUUUGGAAGAGGAGGUUAUAUCAUUACUGAGAGAAUGGUUACUGAGGGAAGAAAAUCUGGUUCAGAGUCUGAAAAGAAUGACUAUCUUCGAGUUGUUAUUUAUGAUAGUAUGGGACAUGCUGAAGGUAAAUUCUAUACUGAUGACGGUAUUAGUGUUGACAACUCUGAUAAUUAUGUUGCUGUUACUAUGACCAUGAACAAUUACUCAUUUGAUUACACUGUUCAAGGAGAUUACUUGUACGGUGAAUUCAUUAACGAAUUUGUUUUAGUUACUGAGAAAAAGUUUACCAAUGCAUUUAUCAUAAGAGGUAGUGAAGAAACUGAAAUUAAAUUUACACAAGAAAAUGGCAGAUUAGUCAUUAGUAACUUUAACAAUCACUUCAGUUCUCAAUGGUCUCAUUGGUCUCUUCGUUUCAAAUAA